UGUUGCUAUUCAGUUGUGAAAUUCAUAAAAAUACGGAUUCGUGACGGCAUUGUGUGUUCUACUGGAUUGAACGAACUGUUGUAAACGGGACAAAUUGUUCAAUUUUACAAAAUUGAAAGACAAUGUUUUUAAUUGAUUCAAAUAAUGUCUAAUUACCGAAAAACGACCAUUGGAAUAUACAAGGAGAGGUUCAAGCGGAUGAAAUAAUUAAACCUAUUUCGAAAAAAAAACACUUCGGCAUUCCAGCGGGAACAUAUUAACAAUGGGGUCUGUUUCGUCUAAGAAGGACUCAAAAAAGAAAAACAACUAUUUACUCCAGACCCUUACCGGCCACGAGACGGGGGUCAACUGUAUGGCGCUGAGCGAAGAUGGCAGCGUUCUGGGGACCGGGAGUGAAGACAAAACGGCGCGACUCUGGAGCGCGAAAACAAAUCCUUGCGAAUGCCUCGGUAUUCUUCGCGGGCACGAGGAGUACAUAAACUGCAUUCUUAUAGAAGACUGUUACUGCUUGACCGGAAGUGCCGAUAAAACGAUACGCAAAUGGGACGUGAGCACGUGCGAAUGUGUACUGAUUAUGCGCGGGCAUACUUCAGUAAUUUACCGAAUGAUUUGCACUGGGGAUUUUAUUUUUACCAGUUCUUACGACAGGACCGCUCGAUGCUGGGACUUCGACAACGGAGAGUGCAUUCGUGUGUUUCGGGGCCACAAGAGGGGAGUGUAUCCCUUAAUUUUCAUCCCCGGCGACGAUGACGGGACCGAUCAAGAUGCAGCCGACGGCUCCAAAGACCUGCUCCUCACUGGGUCAGCGGACUUCACUGCAAGGACGUGGAAUUUCGAGACGGGACAAUGCCUGAAGGUGUUUAAGGGUCACACAGGUGCGAUCACGUGCAUGGCCACUGACAUCAUGGGAAGAGUUCUAUUCACUGGAAGUACUGAUUUCAGCAUUCGAUCUUGGAACCUACUCAAGGGCGAGCAACUCAAAAUGUUCUCCGGUCAUCAGGGAUCUGUGAUAUGCAUGCAGGUCGUGAACAAGAUCCUUUAUACCGGAAGCUCUGACCACACGGGUAGGGCCUGGGUGACGGAGUUUGGCGACUGCACGCGCAUUUACAAGGGCCACAGACACACCGUGAGCGUUGUCAAAAUGAAGGACGGGCUAGUGUUCACGGGUUCUGGCGAUGCUGUUGCGCAUUGUUUUGACGCCAAGUCAGGCACUCUAAGACGGACGUUUGCCGACCAUAAAGUGGCUAUAACGUCACUACAGGCUAUAAACGGUCGGCUCUUCACGGGCUCUUAUGACGGAAGUGUCAAGGUCUGGGACAUCACAGGCAUCAACGACGACACAGCCUUUGGCGAAGAGGAAAAGAAGGCCGACAUUGCUGAUAAGACUAACAUAGACCAGAACCAGAACGGCAUCGGCAAUGGGCCUGAAAAGAUCAUGAUCGAUUAGAGCACCCCUUUUGCUCUCUGUUUUUGUUUUAAUAGUUCAAGUCGUUAAUUACUUUUGAUUUGCGAUAAGACAUAUUGUUUUGUGGAUAGUUUCGAAGGCUUUAACCUGAUAUUGUAUCCAUGUUUUUUUUCCCGCAAGUUUGUUGAGGAAAAUCACGAAUGCCGUUAACAAGUCCAUGAAUAUGUAGAAAGUUUCAAAGAAAUAUAAUCAGUGUAUGCUAUUCAAAUAUAGCGACACAAUCGUGAACGAUUACGCAUCCCCUAUAGAUAACUCGCGUUUCGUGUCACGUUACGAUGUGCAUUGGACAUUUCUACGAAACGGACAGAACAAGAACACAUUUGAGUUCCUCUCAUGCUCUGUAAUUUUGUUUCGAAUUUUUUUUUGCCUCAAUUCUCCGGUGUCACGAUAAUGGAUGUUUCUUGGUCUAAGUAAUAUGUAUAGAUAAACAGGAACGAUUCAGAAUGAAAUGGUUUAUAUCGGUCCCUCGUGGUAAAACGGCCGCCAUAGGCAUAUAAUAAAUUAUGAAGGAGACAUGUGGAAAUAAAAAGAAUUAUUUUACAUGACAACUAAAUAUUUCAUACGUACGUCUUUCAUAUUACGUGUUUUGAUAUAAUGGGACACACAUGGGCCUGUUUGUCGAAACAACAUAUAACCAGACCGCGCUGUUGAAAUAUGGUUCAGAUUAACGCAUUUCAUCUUGAGCAGUGAUGUGCAACGUCAUUUCUUUUCACAUAUUAUUCAUUUGGGACAUGCCCGAAGGUUAUAUGAGAUUUAACAGAAUAAUUUAUUACCCGUCUCAAAUGCCCUAAGAUGUUCGUGGAGCCAUGACUGAUUAAAAGUUUCCAAUUCCACGGCUUCAAGUAGUGUAAUAUACCAGUCGUGAUAUUUUAAUCAAUAUAAACUAAUAAUUAUAAAAAAUAUUAGAACUUUACUUUUUUCGUUAUUGGUUGACGGUCCCUUUUACCUUAUGUUUGAUGUAAAUCUGAUACUGGAAUUUUUCUUUGAAAAUGUUUCUCCGGCACCAAUACCAACAAUAAAAUGCACCUCAGUGAUUGCAUAAGCAACAAUUCAAAUAAUUCGUAUUAGAGAUGUGAUGGUAGAAGUUUAAAUAUACAAUACAUCAACUGGAAGGCUUAAUCAUUCUACUGUUUUACGUUUUAAAGCCCAUAAACACUCACAAUCAACGAAUAUUUCUUACAAUAUAUCAAAAAAUAAAGUUAACACAAACAAUCAAUUUUCCUUUUAACAAUAGCCAACAUUUCAAUGAUAGAUGAGAUCUGGUAACAUAAAUUUAACAAGAUACAAAAUGCUCUUUUAUCUUAUUGUGUGGAAAUGUUUUCAACAAAUGGUCCAUGCACCCUGUUGGUGUUCGUGUGUCUUAUGAAUAGAUAUUGUUGCAGGAAAUUAAAACGGAAAAUAUUGUGCCACAAAAAAUAAAAACGAGCAUUUUGCAUCUCGUUUUAUUUAUGUUACCAUACCACAACUAGCAUUGAAAUUUUGGAUAUAUUUGCGAAAUAUUCGUUGAUUUUGAGGAUUAAUGUUACUUUCAAAUAUAAAUGGGAAAACGUAUAAUAAUUAACUAAUUACUCUAAAAGGAAGCUCUAACAAUUCGAAAAGAUUUUAUGCCUUAAGAUAUUAAAUCUAUGCUUUUUUGUUGAGUCAUGCAUUAUAUGAUAAACAGUCGAUAUGUAAGUAAUACAUUUAUCAAUGUAUACGCAUCGACACUGAAUACAUGCACAAAAUGUGUUAUUCUAAUUAAAUACCCAUUAUGGGAUCCGUGUAAAAUUAUAGGGCGUUAUUACAUUUUUAUUUACAUGUUCGCGGCAAUAAAUAUAUAUAUCAUGGGAUCAACAUACAUGAGGAAAUAUAUUUACACAAGUACAUUUGACAGGAAAUAGUAUAAACUGUAAUACUUAUAUAUGGGCAUGAUUGAUUGUAAAAAACACACAGUUGUACGAAACUUUAAUACUGAACAGCCAUUACUUGAAUAAAUCUUAAUUAUGGAAUCAUAUUUCUUUUAAUGAUAUUUAUCACAAUGACGUUCGGGCUCAGGAAAAACUCCAAUUGUUGGUUAUUUACCAAUAUACAACGGUAAUGUAAAAAAUACCCCAAGUACAUCUUUAUUAUCAAUGUUGUGUUUUAUUUAACAUGUAUUUAUUAAUUUUGUUUACGUCUUUACGACUUUUCAGAUUUUGAUGUUUGCAUUAUGUACGUUGUAAAACUAUUAUCCAGUUUUUGUUCCGACAAGUUCAUGUUUAGUGCAAUGACGUUUGGACUUGGUGUGAUAUUGUUACAUUUACUUUGUCAAAACGGUGUGUGCAUUGUUUUGUCCCCUACCGGUGAAACCGGAGGGGACUUAUGGUUUGCGCUCCGUCUGUCAGUCUGGCUGUCUGUCCGUCACACUUUUCUGGAUCCUGCGAUAACUUUUUUAGUUCUUCAUAUUUUUUCAUGAAACUUGAAACACGGAUGGAUAGCAAUAUGAAGAUUGUGCACGUCAUUUCAUUUUGUUCCUACGUCACGAAUUCUGGUUGCUAUGGCAACACAUAUAAAAAAAACUGACAAUGGUGGAGUUUCACCGGUAGGGGACAAUAUUGCUUGGCAAUCUCGUUAUACAUGUAAGUGUUUAUGCACCUGACUGACAUAUUAGUUCUUGAUAUAUGUAUACAGAUGGAACUUUAUUCUAAAAUAUGUAAUUUGAUUACGUUAUUAUUUUGUAGAAUCAAAUUUCGAAUACAUGCACGAUAAUGCUUUAAGCUGUUGCUGUUUUAUGCAAGCUUUUAAUUUCUUGUCAAUAUUAGCCUAUUUU